CCGUGUUAAAUUGCAAAAUGCCAAAUGCAUAUUGUCAGUAUAUAAAACCAUGGAGGCAGUAUAGAGAUAGAGUGCAGAUUGUGGGAUAGAAAAUUUAUAGAUUGCUCCAUAUAUUAAAAUGGUGAAGAAUGACAGCUCGGAAUGAAACCUCGAAACAUGGGGCUGGCUCAGAGAAGAAUAAGAGGCAAGAUGAGCAGGCAGCUGGUUCUCAUGACGAUGUUAGUUUCAAGCUUCAGUCAGACAGAUUUAGAUGGAGUUUUGAAGAUCCAAUGCAUAACUAUAUCAAGCUACAGAAAAUGAGAGACAAAGAGGAAAGAGUAAAAGAACUUCAGUCUAUGCUUGAAACAUCUAGCAGUUCUUCUGAAAGCUCUGACGACAGUUCAGGCACUUCCCACAGAAAACAUAAACAAAGAUCCAGGUCAGAAUCUAGUAAAUCUCACAGAAAGCAUAAACAAAGAUCCAGGUCAGAAUCUAGUACAUCUCACAGAAAGCAUAAACAAAGAAAAGAAGAUAAACCAAGAAAAAAGGAGAAAUACAAGUCUGAAGUCUGGAUAGAGAAAAGAGAUGAUAAAAAUGACACAGAUAAGAAAAAAAGAAAGAGGAGAAAGGAUUAUAAACAACACAAAUCAAAAAAGCGGAAAGGAGCUGAUGAUGACGUGAGAACAGAUUAUCAUGUUGACACAUAUUCACAACAAGGUACCACAGUGAAAGAGGAAAAUUCAGACAAGACAGAAAAAUUUAGUCCAAAUGAAACUAUACACAGAGGAGAGAGAAAAUAUAAGAAGUCCAAGCAUCGUCAUAAAAAGGACAAACAUUCAUAAGUGAUUAAACUGAACUUUUAGUUAUAGAAAAAAGAAAAGACUUCGAAAUUCCAUUUUAGCUUAAGAAGGUGUUGAUCAUCAGCAUUGUCUAUAGUUUUUUGUUUAAGUCUGUUUUUCUUGAAAACUGUAAGAGAGACAGCCUUGAAA